UUAGAUAUUUUUAGAAAGGAUAUGACAGUAGAUAAAGGUUUUCUUCUAUAAAAGGAACGCAUUUGGUGAGAAAAAUUAGAUACAAAUAACCAAAAAUGGCAUACAAAGAAUACUCAGUGCUACCUCUCAUUGCUCUACUUUUCUCAUUGAUUACUGUCACAGAAAGCGUAGCCCUUACUCCACAAAUAGAUUUGUUGAAUCGAAACAGUUUCCCAACAGGCUUCAUCUUUGGUACAGCAUCCUCAGCGUACCAGUAUGAAGGUGCAGCCAAUGAGGGUGGUAGAGGACCAAGCAUUUGGGAUACCUUCACUCACAAAUAUCCUGAAAAGAUAGAGGACAGAAGCAGUGGAGAUGUUGCAGUUGAUUCGUAUCAUCGCUACAAGGAAGAUGUUCAGAUUAUGAAGGAUAUGAAUUUGGAUGCUUACAGAUUUUCCAUAUCUUGGUCAAGAAUUCUUCCGAAUGGAAAGCUGAGUGGAGGUAUAAACCAAGAAGGAAUUGACUAUUACAAUAACCUUAUCAAUGAGCUACUGGCAAAAGGUUUGGAACCAUUUGUAACUCUUUUUCAUUGGGAUCUUCCACAAGCAUUAGAAGAUGAAUACGGUGGCUUCUUAAGUCCUCGAAUUGUGAAAGAUUUCCAGGACUAUGCAGAUCUUUGCUUCAGGGAAUUCGGUGAUAGAGUGAAAAAGUGGAUAACUUUGAAUGAGCCAUGGACUUACAGCAACAGGGGUUAUGCAUUAGGGACAAAGGCCCCUGGUCGAUGUUCAUCUUGGUGGAGUCCUAAAUGCAAUGGUGGUGAUUCAGGAACAGAACCCUAUUUGGCUACACAUCACCAACUUCUUGCUCAUGCAGCUGCUGUUAAUGUCUACAAGACUAAGUAUCAGAGAUUUCAGAAUGGUGUAAUAGGCAUAACACUGUAUUCUACUUGGUACGAACCACUCUCAGAUAGCAAACUAGAUCGAAAGGCCGCUGAACGAGCUAUGGACUUUUUGUUUGGAUGGUUUAUGGAUCCACUUACAAGAGGAGAUUAUCCAGAAAGCAUGCGUUCCUUGGUGAAAUCACGAUUACCAAAGUUUACAAAAGAGCAAUCCAAAUUGCUCAUUAAUUCAUUUGAUUUUCUUGGCAUAAACUACUACACUGCCAAUUUUGUCUCUGAUGCUCCAGAAUUAAGAAAUGUCAGAGGCAGUUAUAUGACAGAUCCCCUCGUAAAUUAUUCAGGUAAGAAGGCUUCUUUAUUAACUUAUUGUGAUGAUAAUGAUAUACGUGUUUCCGACCGUGCUCACGAUUAUCAUGUUAGUUUACGUGUGAUAGUAAAGUUUAUCAAAAUCCUUGCCGAGUUGGUAAUCUUUUCUGACCAAUGA